UCGGAAUAAGGGGCCCUUAAGAUUAAACUUUGAUAAUGUCUAUUUUUGGUCAGACUCCACGGUAGUAUUAGGAUGGCUUAAAAUGUCGCCUAAUUUAUUGAAACCAUUUGUACAAAAUCGCAUUGUAGAAAUAAAUGAGCUCACUGGUGACAAACAAUGGUUUCACGUCGCAGGUAAACAAAACCCGGCUGACAUGUUAUCACGCGGAAUGCACCUAGAUUUACUUAAGUCGUGCGACAUGUGGUGGCACGGACCCGCAUUCUUACAAGUUGACAAUUCGGAAUGGGAUCAAAACAUGCGCUGUUAUGACAUUAAUUGUGAUGAAUUGCCAGAAUUAAAACCAGUUAAAUCUACUGCACUAGUUCAGAUAAAUUCAGAUGAUUUUUUGUUUCACAGAUUCUCAAGUUUUAAUCGCUUGCGCCGUGUGGUAGCAUACAUUCUUCGUUUCACACAUAAUAUUCGUAAACUAAAGGCAGGUGCACAGCGUUUCACAGGUUGUUUAUCUGUAAACGAAUUGAAUAAUGCAACGAGAGUUUUAACUCAAAUCGCACAACAACAAUCUUUUCCAGAAAUUUAUGAUAGUUUAAAAAAUAAACGUCAGUUUAAAUGUUCACGUAGUAUUUCUGGUUUAAAUAUAUUUAUGGACGAACAUAAUUUAAUUAGAGUAGGAGGAAGACUUGUGAACUCUGACUCGUUUACCUAUGACAAAAAACAUCCAUUGUUGUUGUGUAGCAGACACCUAUUUACUAGACUUAUUUUUGAACAUCAGCACAAGGUAUUAUUACACGCUGGGCCGCAGUUGCUUUUAGCAACUGUUAGAGAAACAUGGUGGCCUUUAAAGGGACGCAAUUUAGCAAAACAAGUUGUACACAAGUGUGUAAGGUGCACACGAAUGCGAGCUACGCCAAUGAAAAUACAAAUGGGUAACUUACCUAAUGAACGGCUUGUGCCAGGAUAUCCAUUCUUACGUUGUGGUGUCGAUUAUGCCGGGCCAUUGCUCAUGCUGAAUCGCGCAGGUAGAGGGGCAAAAUUGACAAAGUGUUAUAUCUGUCUGUUUGUAUGCUUUGCCACUCGCGCUAUACAUUUGGAGUUAGUCACGAGUCUGACUAGUGAGGCAUAUUUAUUGGCUUUGAAACGCUUUAUUUCCAGACGUGGCAAACCUAUGCAGAUUUUUUCUGAUAAUGGUAAAACAUUUGUCGGAGCUUUAAAGGAAUUCUCAAAAUUUUUAGAUACCAAUGAGUCAGACAUUUUGAAUUAUACAUCCGAUAACUCAAUAGAAUUUUCUUUUAUUCCGCCAUACUCGCCUCAUUUUGGUGGUUUGUGGGAGGCAGGAGUCAAGUCUUGCAAAUAUCACUUGCGUCGUAUUGUAGGCAAUGCACAUCUAACGUACGAGGAGUUGAGCACAGUACUAGCACAAAUUGAGGCUGUCCUGAACUCCCGUCCUAUAUCUCCUAUGUCCACAGAUCCGACAGAUUUGCUCCCGUUAAGUCCAGCUCAUUUUUUGAUUGGCCGGCCACUUACUGCGCCUGCUGACAAGAAAGACCUGACGAUGACAGCCACACAUCGCCUUCCACGAUAUGAUCGCAUAGAACAGAUGCGACAAAACUUCUGGCGUCGGUGGGCUACGGAAUAUAUUUCUGAGCUUCAGAAGAGGACCAAGUGGCAAUCUAACCAAGACACAUUACUUCCGAACACACUGGUCCUAAUAAAAGAAGAUCACCUUCCACCCCUGAAAUGGCAACUUGGACGAGUGCAAGAGACGUUCCCAGGUCGAGAUGGCCUCUCUCGUGUAGCAGUCAUCAAGACGGCGACCGGAAUUAUCAAGAGGACGUACCCAAAACUCUGUCCACUACUACAACCACAGUAACUUCGUUGGAAGCUGGUGCUUCCAAGGCCGGGAGUAUGUCUACAAUCAGCGCCAUCUAGUGCAGCGGCGAUAGCACGCACGAUGUUUUCGACCGUGGCUGGCGCCGCUCUGUUUUAUCGAGCGGUGUCGCCAAUCAGAAAGCAGCCUGCAUUUACCGACUUUUGACAGUGACGUCUUAAAUGUCACUCACAUUUUUUUCUUCCCUACAAUUUUUGUAAAACCUGUACCUACAUGUAUAAAAAAUAAACGCACUAGUUACUGGAAAAAUAAUAAAGUAAAUUCAUUGAAACACA